CAAUAAGUAACCUCAUUGAUAUAUCAACAAGCCUGAAAUGUCAACUAAACAUAUCUUCCAAGAAAUUCUUGACUUCCUGACUUAGUUGGUGUACGGGAUACUCCCGUAGGCCCAAUUCUAUACCAGAAUAUUCUAGUAUUAUGGGCCCAAAGAGUAAUAAAGGCCAAGGCCCAAUCUAUGACCUAAUAAUCUAUCAAAUCCCUAUAAAUACUCAUUUACGGGGGAAGGUAAAAGAGACCUCUCUACACUCUCUACUCCCUCCUCUCUGUAUUCCAUCUCUUUAUGAUAUAUUAUUAAUGUUGGGCGUCGGAGGCUCCGAUCCGGGAAACCUCCUCCGGAUUCGGGGUUCACUUUGCAGGAAAUCACCUCCACAUUUAAGAUACGAAGAUCCGACCACACCACCUGAUUCCAAUAUCGGAACAAUUGGCGCUAGAAGGAGGGGCACAAUAACGUACCAUUGUGCCCAGAAUCUCCGAACAUAAAAACCCAUUUUCAUCCUCUCAGAUCUACAAAGAAACAUGUAAAAGCUGUAUACAGAAUACAUAAACCCAUCGCAAUUCUUCGACAUCCACAAAUAAGCAAAGAUAAAAAUAAAAAUAUAGAAAAGAAAAAUUUUGAUUUCUCUCCUCAAGCUAAACUACGGCUUACAAAAAAAAAAGCCACUGCAGAUUCUAUUACCCAAAACAAAAAGCCAUUGCAGAGUCUAUCACCCAAAACAAAUUACUCCCCAAAACAAAUUCAGUCUCAAAUUCAUAAAUUUGGAAGGUUCAAAUCUAAGAAACUCAGUUAAAAGAAGAAAAAGAAAAAGAAAAGGAAAAGGCAAGCAUCAAAGUAAGGGUAAAGGGAAGUGCGUAAUUUGGGCAUAAACAUAGCAACACCGACUAAGUGUUGGUUGCUGAAUUGCUCCGCUAACGGCGACGCUACCGGAACACGAUACCAAAGCUAAGCUUUCUCUCUCCUUAUUUGUGUGAUUAAGAUGAUGUUUUGAUUAUUCAACGCCCAUCCAUGAUUAACGUACCCAUUACUUGCCGUUUGAAAUGACCUGCUUCAUUGCCGACUGUAUUAUUGCUGGUAAAGAUUACCUGAUUAAUUGCCGGCUGCAUAAUGUCGGUAAAGAUUACCUGGCUAAGAACACCCCGUAAAAUUACCUGACCCAUUGCCGACUGCAUUAUUGCCGGCUAAAAUUACGGAUUCUAAAAUUAAGAUUAUGCCUACUACGACAAGUGUUUAAGAGUAUGACAAUUGCGACAAGUAUUAAUUAGUAUUUAUUAGCCAACCUCAAGUUGACCUGAGAUUAGUUCUUUCAGCAUGCACCCUCCCGGUAAUAGUCGGUUCCAACCGAAGCCAUAUUUUACCCACUGGCAAAAAUCACAGUAUUAUAGUAAAAGUAUAAUCUACAAAUUCUAGAGUAACCUCUCAAUACCUAUUAGGAAAAGUUUAACAUUGGGUGAACACUCAUAUAUUCUUGCCGGUUUAAAUUUACUACCGAACUAAGCUUGAUGUAUCCUUAAGAGCAAAAAGAAGAAGGUGCGGGAAUAUAAAAGUUAUUCUGCGCGUCUGAAGUGUGACCCAAUAUGUGUUCUCAAUGCAUUAAGUUUCGAGUGUUGUUUCAAUAAUGUUUGGAAAUUCGUGUAUUGUUCCCUUCUGCUUAUGAAAGUUUUAUUUUGGUUUCUUGCUGGCUGCUAUCGGCCUACAAUUGCUGCCGGCUUGAUUUGAUGAGUCAUAUUUGCUACCGGACUGAUUUGAAAAGUCAUACCGCAUACCCUCUAAUUCGUUCUCGGCAGUGGAAAAUGUUGUAGGUUGCAGUCAGCUAUUUCUCUGUCAGUCCUCAAAAGACUAUCGGUCGUGCAGUCGACAGUAUAUUAGUGUAAACACCUCGCGCCGGUCUAAGUCUGUUACCGGUCUACAAUGUCAUACACUCAUGCCAAUGUCAUACUCCCUUGUCAUGCGUCAUAUAGUUUAAUCUUUUACUUUUUACCAAAAAAAUUCUAGGUGCCCAGUAUGGGAGAUUGUUUUGAGCAAACGUUUUGGAAGUUAAAUGUUAUUUAUACCACUUUAUUUGAUGCUGGUUAGUACCAGAAGUUUUCUCAAUUAAUGGACCAAAAGAAAGUGUUAAAAAAAUGUAUGAUAAGGUGUCUCUUUCAAAUCCUUGUGUUCUUUAGUAGAUAUUCUUGGCUUUCUGGUAAACUACUUCCUAGAGUCUUAACCAUAAUUAAAGACGGUCAUUGUGUCAUUCGACCUGCUAUAAAUUCCAAUUUUAGUACUCCAUAUCAAGUAUGUACGUUCAUAAUUCCAUGGUAAUAGGCGGAUGCAACCAUUUUAUUUUCUACCAGCAUUUUAAGCAACCUGGGUUGUUGGGUGAUGUUUGGUAAAGGCUCAUAAGUUUCAAAUGUCCAGAGGGAAGCUAUCUAAUGUAAGACCAGGCGAUCGGUUGUGAUUUGCUAUCUGUCAAGUAUUGAGAGUUUUCUCAAAAGUGCAAUGUGAAUAUAAAUGUUUUUGACAAAUCACACUCGUACCAUUUAGUCAGACUAGGUGGUACUGUCUAAAGCGAUGUAGGCCUAAAAGUGGUAGUUGUACCCCAUACCUUCUAAUUUAAUCACCGAUUGCGCUCGAAGUCAAAAAAGUCUUGUUUCCAGUCUAAAUUGCUAGCAGCCUGCAAGUCCAUACCUUGUACAAGCGGCUUUGUACCACACCAAUUGUCUAAACAUAAGUGUCAAUCACAACCUCCCUGUCAUACCAUAAGUAUUGAUGAAGUCAGACUUAGUUUAUAUUGUAUUAAGGAAUAUGUGCUUCCCAAGUGUUAGCUGAAGAUGAUAAGAAGACUUAAUGUUUACAAGAGCUUCUCAUAAUACAAAUUUUUGGGUAAUAGCUCCUAUCAUCGAAUUUAUUACAUAAAAAUGUUUGAAAAAAAGGACAUUCUUACCAUAUAAUUUUCUACCAGCCUAUUUCUUGUCAAACUCGUUAAUAUGUUGAUUGCUAACGUCUUGGUCACUCACCUUUAAAGAUAGAAUUUCUAGACUUUUAUAUUGUACAAAGUUGUUUAACGGUACUUGCUAGACGAAAUGUUUUCUUGAAUGCAUGUUGUAUGUGUUAUACCCAAAUGAUUCAAGCAUUGAAGUGCCUGUAUGAGCAUUCUCGCUUAGUUUUAUUGUAAUGUAGCCUGAAAGUUUGAAUACCGAACCGCAUUGAGCCAUGUUGUGUUAAUAAAUAUAGUAGAAGUAUAUUGGACUCACAGGCAGAGAUAUCAGAAGCUCCUCCUUGUUUUGGUUUUUAUCAAAAGUUGGUUGGUAGUAAUAGUAAGACUCAAAUAUUCAGUUCCAGUUGCUGAGCAUAAGUUCAAGUGUUUUACCCAAAUGGCUAUCAGUAAUAAAGCAUAGGGUAUUUAUGAUGGUUUCAUUAAGAGCCCCAUUGCAAAAUCAAUUUAGCUUGAAAGUGAAAAGUGGCCAAUUUCAGUCUAUAUAUAAUUCGUAGGGCCAAUUUCAGUGAAAAGUGGCCAAUUUCAGUGUCUAUAUGAAAAGUGGCCAAUUUCAGUGAAAAGUGGCCAAUUAAGAGCCCCCCUAGCAGACUUAGGCGAUCAAAAUAUGAAAGCAUAAGCUCCACAUGGAACCUCAGUGGGAUGCCAAUAAGCGAAAGGAUGGCAGUCUCUAUCUUGCUCAAUUCACUGCACAGUGGGUUUGGUCGCUUCAAGCAACUAUACCUAAGUGAACCAAGAGAAGAAACAGUUGCAGAGUUUGUUCACCUUGUCAGAAAGGCUGAGAUAGUACUCGACUGUGAAGCCAAAGGUUUACUCAAGGCUAAAGGGAGACCCCUCAAGAAAGGUGGAAAGUCCAAGGGCAAUGCUGAGUCAAGAAAGAAGACAAAGUUGGACAAGUCCACAUCAAGCUGUCUUUAUUGUGAUGGAAUUGGCCAUUACAAGAGAGAAUGUCCAAAGCUUAAGGAAGAUCAGAAGAACGGAACAGUCGUUCCAUCUUCAGGGACUAAGAAGAAGAAGAAGGUUAAGCAAGGGUGAAGUCGACCUACGAGUGGGAAAUGGACCACGGAUUGCUGCAUUAGUUGUAGGAACUUAUUAUUUCUCGUUGCCCUCUGGGCUAGUUUUGGAACUGGAAGAUUGUUUCCAUGUUCCAAGUCUUACUAAAAACAUCAUUUAUGUUUCUUGCUAAGAUGCUAAGGGAAUUUCCUUUUUAAUAAAAGACAAUAGUUGCUCGUUUUAUUUUAAA